AUGGUGCUCGCGGAGCUGGGGCAGCAGAUUUCAGGGGCUCUAAGAAACCUCCAUACCGCCACAGUUGUCGAUGAGGCUGUAGUUACAGAAUGUGUGAAGACAGUAUGCAGGGCGCUGCUGCUGGCUGACGUGCAGAUGCGCAUGGUGCAGGAGUUCAGGCGGAAGGUGACGCAGCAGAUAAAUACUCAGAUUCGGCAGCAAAGCAGCAGCAGCCAUACCGCCACAGUUGUCGAUGAGGCUGUAGUUACAGAAUGUGUGAAGACAGUAUGCAGGGCGCUGCUGCUGGCUGACGUGCAGAUGCGCAUGGUGCAGGAGUUCAGGCGGAAGGUGACGCAGCAGAUAAAUACUCAGAUUCGGCAGCAAAGCACCAGCAGCAGCAGCAGCAGCAGCAGCAGCAGCAGCAGCAAGAGGAAAGGAGCAGCUGCAAAGGGCGCUGACAAUGCCACCGGUGCAGGGGCACCGGGGGCCCCGCAGGGGGACGUCAUGGCUGAGGUGUAUAUGCAGGCAGCAGCAGCAGGCGUCAACACUCGCCGCAUCAUACAAAAGUGCGUGGUGAACGAGCUGGUGGCGCUGCUGACCCCGGCGAAGAGCCCGAGGCCCCUGAAGCGGGGGGCCUCCAACGUGGUGAUGUUUGUUGGCCUGCAGGGCUCAGGCAAAACCACCACAUGCACCAAGUUUGCUCUCUACUAUCAACGCAAAGGCUGGCGUACGGCUCUGGUCUGCGCUGACACCUUCAGAGCUGGCGCCUUCGACCAGCUUAAGCAAAACGCAACCAAGGCGAGAAUCCCCUUCUUUGGGAGAGCUGGCGCCUUCGACCAGCUGAAGCAAAACGCAACGAAAAGCUACACAGAGGCUGACCCUGUGAAGAUAGCUGAAGAGGGUGUGCAGCAAUUCAGAGACGAAAGAUACGAUUUAAUUAUAGUAGAUACAUCAGGCAGACACCGACAAGAAGCAGCGUUGUUUGAGGAAAUGCAACAAGUUGCAGAGGCUGUGAACCCUGACGACAUAGUGUUUGUGGUGGAUUCACAUAUAGGCCAGGCCUGCUACGAUCAGGCUGCAGCCUUUGCUGCGAGUGUUCCCGUUGGUAGUGUAAUUAUAACGAAGCUAGACGGGCACGCAAAGGGUGGUGGUGCUCUCUCAGCAGUUGCUGCAACUGGGGCCCCGAUAAUAUUUUUAGGUAGCGGCGAGCACUUCGAUGAUUUUGAUCCUUUUGACGCCAACUCUUUCAUCUCGCGUCUCCUUGGUGAUGAGUAUGAUACCGGGGUUAGGUUCUAA